UUAUUUCCUACCAAGAAGACUUGGAACAAUCUCCAUCAACAACUCAGUCAUAAAUUCAAAUCCCAGCUUUUAGGCUCUAUGUAGUCAGACUUUAUAAGGGAGUGUGUGUGUGUGUGUGUGUGUAAAUAGGGAAAUGCCUUACACAUAUUCAGAUCUUCUCCCUGAAGAGUGGGAAGAAUUAGACUGAGAGAAGAAAUGGGGCCUGUCUGAAAUGAGGAAAUUUUACAGAAAUUCAUCCAAACUGACAGCAUACACAAGACCCUGACUGCCAAGACAGUACACACAAAAGGGGACCCUGGUAGCUGCCUCCUCACCAGGGCUUUUCAGGAUGGUUCCUUACCAGCUUUCCCCCCAACACCAAAUGGUUAAGUGGCUUCUUCCCCUGAAGAAAUAGAACACGAGAGCAGAUGUAAAGGGCCUAAACUGCGAGCUCGUUAGAAGCAGGCACCAUGUAUUGUUUAUCUUGGUAUUUUAGCCUUAGCACGGUGGUAUAAAUUUAACAAAUGUUUGUAGAAUAAAGGCUGUUCCCAAUUUGCAGCCUGUUACUCAGGGAAGAGGGAGCACAUCUGUGUGAUGGCGCACUUUGUAACUCCCCUGCCCCCCAAUUCUGCCUCUUACUCUGAAUCUCCUUUCCCCUUCCCUCCUGCAGAGGUCAUUCUAUUGAACCUCAUAUUUUCCCAUUUGUAAAGAAGCCAGGUGAAAAGUGGAAAAGGAAAGUGUGUUCAUUUCAGGUAGGAUAGAAUUCUUUAACAAGAUGCUUAGAGAAUCUUUUUCAAAUGAUACGCCUAUUCUAAUCCACACGGAAAGGUGAUGAUCGAUAUGGUCGGUAGGUUGGAGAAAACAGCAGCAGAAGUGUAGAAAUUCGAGAGGGGAAGCAUCAGAUUUUCACAUCCUCAUAACUGGUUGACUGCGGUCCCUUUAAGGCCAUGCCAGGGACCUGUCCCUUUAAAUCUGUGUCAGUUUCCCCUGACGUCAGCCUGCCGGCCGCACUGGUGUUUACAGCCGGGCCGAGCUGGUUACUUUCUGGAGUUCUGAAUGCUGGCGACUGCCGCGUCCUCCUGGCCUUAAAGGGGCCGCACCCCCACGGAAACCGCCCACCCCUCUUUUACCUUUUCACGCCCUUAGCCCCCGGCCCCACCCCCUCCUCGAGUGUCUUCGGGCUCCCACCUAGCUGCGGUCGCUUGUUUCCUCUUACCUCCCCCGCCUCAGCUCCUCUGUGCCAGCCGGCUAGUCUGUCUGCUCCCAUUCCACCUGGUUUGGGGAGGGCAGUGGGGUCGGGGAACCAGACGAAGCCCCUCCCAAAGUGCUAAACCCAGCCUAGGUGCCCCUUCCCCAGAGUUCUGCACUACCCCCCUCCACCCCCUGCCCCUUCCGUCCCCACUGGGGGGCCCCUGGGAGCGUCUCUGCUUCUUCAGGGAGGGGGCAUUUCCUAUUCUUAGGCCGGGGUUAAAGUUCUGGUCCUGGUGAGAUGCUGGAAGCUGCAGCCAGAAGCUCAUCGCCCCUCCGAGGUGCUGCGCUCCCCGCUGCCGCCGCCGCCGCCACCACCGCCGCCACCACCGCCGCCACCACCACCUCCGCCCAGCCGGGGCCAUGUUCGCCCUGGGCUUGCCCUUCCUGGUACUCCUGGUGGCUCCAGCUGAGGGCACCCUGGGGGUCCUGGGGCCCAAGAACGUGUCCCAGAAGGAGGCUGAGUUUGAACUCUUCUACGAUGAUGAAGUCAACAGCGAGCUGGUCAAUAUCUACACAUUUAACCACACUGUGACCCGAAACCGGACCGAGGGUGUGCGGGUGUCUGUGAACGUCUUGAACAAGCAGAACAAGGCACCCGUGCUGUUUGUGGUUCGACAGAAGGAGGCUGUGGUGUCCUUCCAAGUGCCACUGAUUCUUCGGGGGCUCUACCAGCGUAAGUACCGGUACCAAGAUGUCGCUCGCACCCUCUGUCAGCCUCCCACCAAGAGUGAGGCUGAGGUCCAGUUCUUUUACGUGGAUGUGUCUACCCUGUCGUUGCUCAACACUUCUUAUCGGCUGCGGGUCAGCCGUAUGGACAACUUUGUGCUCAGGACUGGUGAACAAUUCAGCUUUAACACCACUGCGGCUCAGCCUCAGUACUUCAAAUAUGAGUUCCCAGAAGGAGUAGAUUCAGUGAUUGUCAAAGUGACUUCCAAUAAGGCUUUUCCCUGCUCAGUCAUUUCCAUCCAAGACAUCCUGUGUCCUGUCUAUGACCUGGACAACAAUGUGGCUUUCAUUGGCAUGUACCAGACAAUGACCAAGAAGGCAGCCAUCACUGUGCAGCGGAAAGACUUUCCCAGCAACAGCUUCUAUGUGGUGGUGGUGGUGAAGACCGAAGACCAGGCCUGUGGGGGCUCCUUGCCUUACUAUCCCUAUGGGGAAGAUGAACCGGUUGAUCAAGGGCAUCACCAGAAAACUCUGACCGUUGUGGUGUCUCCAGCAAUCACGUCCGAGGCCUAUGUUGGGGGCAUGCUCUUUUGCCUGGGCAUUUUCCUGUCCUUCUACUUGCUGACCGUGCUACUGGCCUGUUGGGAGAAUUGGAGGCAAAGGAAGAAGACCCUGUUGGUGGCCAUGGACCGUCCCUGCUCAGAAAGCGCCUCUUUGCUUGGCCACCCUCGAGUCUUGGCUGAAUCCUUCCCUGGCUCCUCCCCUUAUGAAGGUUACAGUUACGGCUCCUUCGACAAUGGCUCAAGUUCUGCUGAUGGAGCGGUGGACAGCACUGGCUCUGUGGAUGUCUCCUACAGUUACUCAGAACCAGUGGGCAGCCGGCCUCGGCUGGACUCCCUGAGCUCUGUGGAGGAGGACGACUAUGAUACACUGACUGACAUUGAAUCCGACAAAAACGUCAUCCGCACCAAGCAAUACCUGUGUGUAGCAGACCUAGCCCGCAAGGACAAACGGGUUCUACGGAAGAAGUACCAGAUUUACUUCUGGAACAUUGCCACCAUUGCUGUUUUCUAUGCCCUCCCAGUGGUGCAGUUGGUGAUCACCUACCAGACGGUGGUGAAUGUCACAGGGAAUCAGGACAUCUGCUACUACAACUUCCUCUGUGCCCAUCCCCUGGGCAACCUCAGCGCUUUCAACAAUAUCCUCAGUAACCUGGGCUAUAUCCUGCUGGGGCUACUGUUCCUCCUCAUCAUCCUGCAGAGAGAAAUCAAUUACAACCGAGCCCUCAUGAGAAAUGACCUUUAUGCCCUGGAAUGUGGAAUUCCAAAGCACUUUGGGCUUUUCUAUGCUAUGGGUACAGCCUUGAUGAUGGAGGGACUGCUCAGUGCCUGCUACCAUGUUUGCCCCAACUAUACAAAUUUUCAGUUUGACACGUCUUUCAUGUACAUGAUCGCGGGGCUGUGCAUGCUGAAACUGUAUCAGAAGCGGCACCCUGACAUCAAUGCCAGUGCCUACAGCGCCUAUGCCUGCCUUGCCGUUGUCAUCUUCUUUUCUGUGCUGGGGGUGGUAUUUGGGAAAGGGAACAUGGUGUUCUGGAUCGUCUUCUCCGUCAUUCACAUCAUUGCUACACUCCUGCUCAGUACCCAACUCUACUAUAUGGGCCGUUGGAAGCUAGAUUCUGGGAUCUUCCGCCGGAUUCUUCAUGUGGUCUACACAGACUGCAUCCGGCAGUGUAGUGGACCCCUGUAUGUGGACCGAAUGGUGCUACUGGUUAUGGGCAACAUCAUCAACUGGUCACUUGCUGCCUAUGGGCUUAUCAUGCGUCCCAAUGAUUUUGCUUCCUACCUGCUGGCCAUUGGCAUCUGCAACCUUCUUCUUUACUUUGCUUUCUAUAUCAUCAUGAAGCUCCGGAGUGGGGAGAGGAUCAAAUUUAUCCCUCUCCUCUGUAUCAUCUGUACCUCUGUGGUCUGGGGCUUUGCCCUUUUCUUCUUCUUCCAGGGACUCAGUACCUGGCAGAAAACCCCUGCUGAGUCAAGGGAGCACAAUCGUGACUGUAUCCUGCUCAAUUUCUUUGAUGACCAUGACAUCUGGCACUUCCUCUCCUCCAUUGCCAUGUUUGGGUCCUUCUUGGUGCUGCUGACCCUGGAUGAUGAUUUAGAUACUGUACAACGGGACAAGAUCUAUGUCUUCUAGUGGAUGCUGCCUCCCCCGCCCCAUUGGCCUUCAAGCCUUGGCACUCGAAGGGGCCUCGCUAGGCCUAGGGCAGGGCUAUUCAGGAUCUUGUGCCCAGUGCCUCAAAGUCAUGGAACAGUUUUUCUGCCUAGCUCCCUAGGAUGGCAUUGGGACAUUCAUGGGGGGACAGUCACGUUCCCCCUGUAGCUGGACUCUGCCUUUUGCCUGGGGGAAAGGGGGGCUGGGCCACCUAGGGGCCUGUGGCCUCCUGCCAUUUGAACUUUGGCCAAACUUGCUCUUCCUCCUCAGUGUUUGGGCCCCUCAAAGAGCCAUCUAUGGGGGAAGGGAAGGAAUGGUACUACUCUCUUCCAGGGUUCCUCUCCUUCUCCUGUGGGGAACCCUCUGUAUGGGAGCCCCAAAUCCUCCUUUCUGCUGCAGUUCUGGGUAAGGGCCAGAGCUUGAUUUUCCGUCCAGCCCCAGCUCUUUUAAUGUGUGUGUUGAAUCCAGGUAAGGGUCCUUUAAGCUGCUAUCCAGAGCUGGAUUUGCCUGGUUAAAGGAGGUGGAGGGGAGAACUGAGAAGCCAGGUGUCUGAUUCUAAAACCAGAAAGAGGUCUGGGCCUUAUAGCAAUUUCCCUCUGACCUGCUCCAUGGGGAAUGGUUGCUGAUGUGGGUUGGGAUUUUCUGGGGGAAUUUUUUUUUUUUAAUGAAGAAGAGAGAGCUUGGAUUAUGGGCUGCCUUUGUGUAGCCCUAUGCCAUUUGGAACUGAAUAGCUAAAGAAAAGCUCUGUCCUUCCCCAUGAUGAGGUUAGUGGAGGACAGGUCCCAGGCUGCCUCUUCUUUCCUCCCUUUGCUUUCUGUUCCCUGGUGCCCUUGUGCCUGCCAAACCUUAGGGGAGAUUCCCUCAGUGCCAUUGCUUGUCCCCAAGACCAGGGGUAGGGGAUAGGAGGGUUGCAAAGAACAUAACCCAUUCCAGCCUCCUGCAGUGCCUAUGUCUAAGGGCAGUCAGGAUAAGGACAUGCUUGCCCUUGUCCUCCAAGGUAGGACUUGGGGCCUAGCUCCCAGGUUGUGGCCCUGUCUUCAUCCAGGUUUUUGAUUGUGGGGAUAAAGACACAUAGGCAGACAGACAGACACACACACACCACACCACACACACACCACACCAUAUCACACACACACCAUACCACACCACACCCCAUACACACACACUUUGGAGUUUACAGUGAGUCUGUGGAACUCACACUUCAGCUCUGGGUCAACACCUCCUGCUGGCCCUUGGCUGUCUCCCACCUGCCCUCCCUGAUCUAGGUGCCAUUGUGGGACAAGAGAGAGAUGAGACGGGGAAAGGGUCUAGGCCUCAGGGUGUAGGAACUUUUUUUUUCCUGGAUUCCCAACUUUUUUCUUACAACUUUCCCAGGGGAGUCAUAGAGGUCUUGAUUUUUUUUUUAAAUAACUGUUUUAUGUCUAUUUCCACAUCAUGGUGGAAUCUGUGUUUUCUAUGAAUGAUUGCAUUCAAUUAAAGGAAUGACCAGAUACACAUA